GCUUACCUGAAAAGCUUUAUCCAUCUUACUUUCCCGAGAAACAAACAAGCAAACACCAUGAAUUCCUCUUCCUCUUCCUUCAACAACAACAACAGCAGCAGCAGCAGCAGCAGCAGAAGCAACAACAGCAGCAGCAGCAGCAGCAGCAGAAGCAACAACGCCACCUCCCUCAGCGAGUUUGAAGCUUACGUCCUCAAUUCCUUGAUUGGGAGCCUCAAAAGUGGCUGCCCUCCCGAAGUCCAAAACAACCCCACCUUUCAUGGGAUUCUCGCGAUGCUUAAGUUCAUCCUUGGGGACAAACUUGAUCUUGUCCCCGACCACAAGGUUGAGGAGCGUCACAGGGCCCAUGUUCUCAGAGAGGAGUGUAAGGUGGAGCAAGAAGUUAUCCGGAUCAUCCUCUCCGGCAACACCGACUCACUGAAGGCCAAUUCUGGUGAGGCCGUUUACAUUCACAAUCACUAUCUCUGCAUGAACACCCACCACGAGGAGGGUGAUGAUGAGAAAUACCGUGUUUGGGAAUGGCACGGCCACAUUGUGACUUUUCAUCCAAGGAACGGGUUUUCCUUAGAGCAUUUUUAUGGAAAUUACUUUGAGCCCUGGUAUGAUGUGUUGAGGAGGACAAGAGUAGAGGAACAGGAGAAAGAAAGAACAGAGGAAAAAGAGGAACCAGCGCCGGAUAUGGGUCUUCGGGGCCUCAAUAGCGGUCUUAAUGGCACCAACGCUGAUGGAAUUGUUCACCGUGAUGUCAAUCCAGAUUCUCAAAGGUUUGUUUGAAAUUUGAGCACCAUUUUCAUUUCUCUGUUAUGAUUUUCAUUUUAAUUGAGCUUUUAGAAUCUGUGCUGGUUCUUCUGUGUGUGUGUGUGUUUAUUUUUUUUUCUUUUCUUUUCUCAUUCUUUGAGGCUAAUGCUAGUGUUUUGAAACUGGAUAGCUUUGGUUUGGCUGCAUCUAAUCUUAAUUUGUGCUUUUGCUUAUGAUUCUGAUGCUGUAGUGUGUUUGUACUUUCUUGCCUGCUUGUGAUUGAUAGAAAAGUUUGGUCUAGUCAUUCUCUAAUGAUAACAAAUGUAAUUGUUUGUUGACAAUAUUAUUUUUCGAAAGUAAUUUGGAGUAGCAACCUUAGUAAUUGAUUCAUGGGGCGGGAAGCAGAGAGCGCAGGUAGGAGCAUAGUGUUUUGAAUUGUAUUAAUUUAAACUUAAGGAAAACAAGAGCGGUGGUAGUAGACGUGCCUUUUCUUCUCUAGUACAAAGGUAGCUAGGUUGUGACAAUGUAGCUUUGGAUUUUAAAAUAUGUCUUCUGUCUACAUUCAUGUGCCUUGUGGCUAGUGUGUGAUAUGUAGGAAGUUUUGGUCUAAUCAUUAUCUAAUAUUCUAUUUUUAGUGCUACCCUUUUAAUGUAGCUUUGACUUUUCAGCUGCAAGAUAACUCUAUGCCAUUUUUUUGCUUCAAUGUUAUUGCAAGGAUUGCGACUGGUAUAAAUGCUGAAUUGUUUUCUUAAAGAAAUCUGAAGAUAUGCUUAGGAAAUGGAGCUUUUGGUUGCAAAUCUUUGUGUUGGAGUAGAAAUGGCUUUGACCAAGUAGUAGGAUUGGAAUUCAUGAAAUGGUACAACUAUCUUCCACAUUACAGGAGGUGUGGUCUAGCCUGUGAAAUAUUGUCUAUGAAUUAUGAUGGUGAUAAAACUUUUUGCUUGCUGGUAUUUUUGUAUUAUCUCUGAUAAAAGAUGAUGACCUUUGUUGACUAAGUUUCAUUGUUUAAGAAGAACAGAUGAACUAUCUGAGUGCACAUCUACCACUAUGUCAUAGAGCAAUGAAGAUUGAGAUACUUUUGUUUGAUGUUUGAGUUAUCAACUUUUUUUUCCCUUUAAAGAAGUUGAUAUCCCCCAUAUGACUUAAUUCAUCAUGUUCAAUGAUAAACUUUAGGGGAGGAAGAAAAGAAAAGAAGAGUGGAAUCUCUGGCGUUUCCAGUUCACAACUUCUGAACUUAUUUAUAACCAUGCAUGAUAUUUUUCUGCAUAAAAGUUACAUUUGAAGUAGUUUCUUGUAGGAUAAGAAUGUUUGAGAUGCUUGGUUUACGUUUGGAUGCAAAAUUUGGCAUAACGGAGGAAGGUCACUGCUCUGUUUUGCAUUCCAAAUUCUCAAUUGGAUGCUGAGGCUUUUGUUGCUUUAUUUUUCACACAGCUCGCUGAGGAGGUCCAGGGGUUCAUAUGCAGCUCUUUCACAGAACUCAAACAAAUAUAAAGGGUCUUGGUUUUUUCUUUUUCUUUUUCUUUUUCUUAGACAGAAUAACUAUAUGCACCAUCUGUUGGUUUACUUUGUAAAUUACAGUUUAUUCCCUUUUUUGUAUAAUAAAUGUUGCGUUUGUGA